AUGGCGAGUUCCUCCUCGUCGGCGGUGACGGGGGAGCCGCCGGGGCCGGUCGGGGAGCCGACCGCCGACGUGGGCACCUUCAACGAGAUCCGCAGCGACAACCGCAACUUCGACUACUACCAGCGGCAGUUUCAAGAGGUGCUGAUGGGGCUGGAGAACGACGAGGUGCUGGAGGCCUUCCGCGUGGAGUACGCCGCGCUGCACCACUCCUUCCUGAAGAGCCACGACGGCGAGACGCGGCUGCUGAAGAAGUGCGCGGAGCUGCAGGCCGACAUCGAGGCGUGCGUGAUGAAGGUGCAGGCGGCGGAGGAGCUGACGCGGGGCGACAAGACCACCAUCGAGGCGCUCAAGGUGGAGAUCGAGAAGACGCGCAAGAACGCCGUCGCGACGCGGGAGCGGGAGGCGCUGCUGAAGGACAAAGUGAACAGCCUCAAGCGGGAGCUGAGCGAAAUCGAGGAGCGCGUCCACCGGCCGGUGGAGGCGACGGCGCAGGAGGCGGCGCUGCAAAGCCUCGUCCGCGCCCACGAGACGGUGCUGAAGGAGAAGGAGACGAUGGAGUACCAGCUGGCGGCGCUGCGGCAGGAGUUCGCCUGCACCGCGCGGCGGCUGGAGCGCGUGCUGGAGGUGCGCCGCAGCCGCGACGCGGAGCUGCGGGCCGUGACGGAAGCGACGGAGGAGAAGCUGCGGGAGGUGGAGGCGCAGAAGGCGGUGCGGCUGCGGCGGGAGGAGGAGCUGCGGCUGACGCGGGAGGAGAUCGCCCGCCGCGUCGUCGCCGCGCAGGAGCGGCAGACGGUGAUUGAGCGGCUCAGCCAGGACAACGCCCGCCACGACGUGGAGAUCAAACUCACCCUCGACGAGACGGCCCGGCUGACGGAGUCCUACCAGCAGCUCUCGCGGCAGCUGCAGAACGUGAACCGCACGUGUCAGUCCCGCAACGAGGAGAACGACGCGCUGCAGCGGCGCAUGAACGAGCUGAUGGAGGAGCUGAAGCUGAAGGAGUCGGCGGCGGACAGCGUGAGCCGGGCGCACCGGCGGGAGCUGAAGCUCUUAGACGCCGCCGCGCGGCGCACCGCGGCGAUGGAGGGGCGGCGCGCGGAAGCCGAGGCCGCCCGCGCCGCGCUGCACGCGGAGCUGGCGCUGCUGGAGGACGACUUCGAGGCCGCCACGCGGGCCGCCGAGGCCGACGAGCGACGCGUCUCGGCGCAGGUGCGGGAGCUCGACCUGCUCCACGACAACGUCCUCGGCGCGGCGGCGAAGGCGCAGCAGCAGAGCCUGUGGCUCGCGGAGCAGCGCACGGAGGCGUACCACCUCGAGCACGAGUUGCGCUCCUACGAGGAGCAGGCGCAGCGGCAGAACGAGGUGAUCUACAAGCUCUCCCGCGAGUGCGCCGGGUACGAGGAGAACAUGAAGCUCGCCACCCUGCAGUGCGCCCGCAUCAUGGCGGAGGUGCAGGACCGCGAGGUGCAGCUGGGCGUCGCCCUCGACGAGGUGAAGGACGUGGAGGCGCGGAUACGACAGCAGCAGGCCCUGCUGGAGGCCGUCCUCAGCGAGCGGAAGACGUACUCCAAGCACUACGCGCAGAUUCGCGGCGGGGUGACGGAGAUGGUGCGCGGCUUCAGGCUCAUGCUGGCGCAGAUCAAGCAGAUGCAGGAGGAGGUGCAGCGCCGCGAGCGACGGCUGGUCGCCGAGGACGGCGGCAUCGACGCCCUCGUGAAGCAGCGGCGGAAGCUGGAGGCGCAGAUCGCCGCCCUCCACCUGCGCAUCGACAAGCGCGGUCGGUCGGUGCAGCAGUACUCGCAGGAGGUGCGCCGCCUCGGCGACGUCUUUGCCGAGGGCGAGGACGAGGUGGGCCGCCAGCGACGCCGCUUCCGCGACGUGCAGAAGGAGCGCGACUUCCUCGACAACCAGGUGUACACCUCCAACGAGGAGCUGGCGCGGCUGUACGAGAAGGCGCGGGUGCAGCAGUCGCUGCUGCAGCGGGGCGAGUCGAUCUGCGCGGAGCGGCUGCAGACCGUCAACGAACUCCACCACCGCAUCGCGCAGCUGACGGAGGAGGUGGGGCGGCUGCGGCUCUUCGUGCAGCGCCUGCCGGAGCUGCGGCGCCUCGUCAACGGCGCCUCACGGGAGCUGGUGCGGGAGCAGAACCGCGUGCGGGCGCUGCUGCACGAGUGCGAGCGGCCGAUGAACCUGCACCCGAACCACCAGCUCGCCUCCUCGGACCCGGAGGCGUACGCCCUGACGGCGCGGGUAGGCGCGCUGCAGCGGGAGCUCGUCGCGCGGCGCACGGAGCUGACGGAGAAGGAGCAGCGCAUCAAGCAGCAGGAGGCGUCGUACCUGCAGUGCAAGGCGGCCGUGGCGCGCCAGCUCGGGCCGGAGAUAGCGGAGCAGGUCGCCCUCUACCAGGGCAACCUCGCAAAGAAGGCGGGGCAGAUGCGGGCGAUGGUGGCGAGCCUCAAGUACUUCCGCGAGCAGACGGAGCUCUACCAGGCCCGCUACAACGAGCUCCGCGACACGCUGGACGGACUCGCUGAGAAGUACGCCGAGACCCGGCAGCAGCGCGACCGAGAGGCGCGACGCGAGGCGUCCGGAGGGGGCGGCUGCGGCGCCGCGGCGCCGCUGCGGCAGCCCGAGCAGCCGCAGGAGUACGUGGGGUACGUCGCCCCGCCACGCGGCGGCGACCACGCCGCAGACGCGGCCCACGAUGCCCCCAGCAGCGGCGGCAGCGGCAGCCCCCACCGCGAGGAGGAGGGCGGCCCCGGCGAGGAGGCGGGGGACGGCGGGGCGGAGCCUCCCGCGUGA